CCCGGGGCCGUGCCCGUGCCCGUUCCCGUUCCCGUUCCCGUCCGGGCGGGGCAGCGGCGGCGGCUGCACGGCGCUUCCUGGUGCGGCGGGGCAUGGCGCUGGUCACGGUGCGGCGGGCGGCGGGGUCCGCCGGGGGCUCCGCGGAGGAAGAUGCACCCAGACGUGGCCAACUGCAGCGGCGGCAGAGCUUUGUCAUGGUCAAAGGGGCCGCUCUGCUGCUGCCCGCCGAGGAGCCCCCCCCGGCUGAGCCCCCCCCGGCCGAGCCCCCCAGCCAGGCCCCGGGGCAGCAGGAGCAGCACCUCCAGCUCAUGAUGCAGCUGCUGCGGGCACAGGACGCCAUCCGGCUGGCGGUGCGGUUGGAGUCAGCACGGCCGCGGCGGGUGCGGUACCUGCUGGUGGUGCGGCCCGAAGAGGAGGGGGCCGAGGGGGAGGCAGCGCUGCUGGGGGUGGACUUCGCCCAUGAGGGGGCCUCCCGCUGCACCCUGGGCAUGGUGCUGCCCCUCUGGAGCGACACCCAGGUCUUCCUCGAUGGCGAUGGAGGGUUCAGUGUGACGUCAGGGGGAGAGACCCGCAUCUUCAAGCCCAUCUCUGUGCAGACCAUGUGGGCCGUGCUGCAGGAGCUGCACCGGGCCUGCGAGGACGCGUCCCGAGGGGGGCACAUCCCCGGCGGAGCGGCGCUGGGCUGGGCCCGCGGCUACGCGGCGGAGCUGGGCUCGGAGCAGAGCUGCAUCAACGAGUGGAGCGCCAUGGCCGGGCUGGAGUCCGUGCGCCCCGCGUCCCCCCCGCCGUGCCCGCCAGCGGCAGCGGAGCUGUCGGAGCAGACGGUGCGGGCGCUGCUGCGGGACGUGAUGGCCAGCGCCGACCUGGAGAGCGUCACCUCCAAGGAGGUUCGGGAGGAGCUGGAGCGGCGCACGGGGCACAGCCUGGCCCAGCACAAGGACUUCAUCGACAACGAGAUGCUGCUGGUGCUGGCGCAGAUGGACCGGCCCUCCCGUGUCUUCCCUCACGUCUACCUGGGAUCUGAGUGGAACGCGGCCAACUUGGAGGAGCUGCAGCAGAACCGGGUCACCCACAUCCUGAACGUGGCGCGGGAGAUCGACAACUUCUUCCCGGCGCUGUUCACCUACAUGAACGUGCGGGUGUACGAUGAGGAGACGGCCCAGCUCCUGCCCCACUGGAACGACACCUUCCUCUUCCUCUCCCGUGUCCGGGCCAGCGGGGGCCGGGCGCUGGUUCACUGUCGCAUGGGGCUGAGCCGCUCGGCAGCCACGGUGCUGGCGUACGCCAUGAAGGAGUUGGGGUGGUCCCUGGAGCGGGCGCUGCGGCACGUGCGGCACUGCCGGCCCGGCGCCAUGCCCAACCCCGGCUUCAUGCGCCAGCUCGACUUCUACCAGGGCAUCCUGCGCGCCAGCCGGCACAGCACCAUGUGGGAGCCCAGGGCGGCCGAGCCCCAGCCUCCAGGGGACGAGGGCGGCACGGCCCCGUCCCCGCAGCCCCCUGAGGACGUGCCCGUGCCGGGGGUGCUGGGGGCCUCCCCGCGGCCCCGCAUCUCCCUGUGCGCCGUCAUGAGGAGCAUCAGCCAGCUGGAGCCCCCCGGGGAGCCGCUCUGCGAGGAGGUGAGCGCAGGGGCUCGGGGGGGGGGGGCCCCCCCGGCAGCACCGCCCCAGCCUCGGCCCUCGUCCCGCCCGCGCCGGGUGCCGCGCCAGGCCAGCCUCGACGGAGGCCACGCCCCCUGA